CAGAGACCAAAGAGCAAAGCUCUAUAGGAUAAAAAAAAAACGAAAAAAAAGAAAAAAAGAAACAAUUAAUUAGAAUUGAAGAUAUGGAAUUGCUCUUCAACUCUGCUUUUUCUGUAGGGUUGCUCUUCUUAACUAGUUUCAUCCUCUAUCUCUUCAAUAGAUUUUGGGUGAGGCCUCAGAGGCUUCGAUCAAAGCUUCGUACCCAAGGUCUGAGAGGUCCUUCACCUUCAUUUCUUCUUGGCAACAUUCCUGAUUUCAUCAAAUUCCAACCCAAAGGCAUCAAAGCUCUUACUGAAGAUGGUGAAGCCACACACGAUUGGGCUCGAUUCACCUUCCCAUCAUUUGACCAUUGGACUAAACAGUAUGGUCAAAGAUACAACUUUGCUUUGGGAACAUAUCAAGUGGUUUACAUUACUGAUCCACAUUUGGCCAAGGAAAUAAGCCUCAGCACAUCACUCAAGUUGGGAAAGCCUUUUUUCCUGCAAAAGAAUUCAGAAACCUUGCUUGGUAAGGGCAUAGCUACCUCAGAUGGAGAGUUCUGGGCUCACCAAAGAAAAACCAUAGCUCCUGAGUUCUAUGCCGAUAAAGUUAAGAAUUUGGUGCACAUAAUGUUAGACUCUGCGAACAAACUAGUCAACACAUGGGAGACUGAAAUAGAAAAACAAAGUGGGACAGCAAAUAUAAAGGUUGAUGAGGAUUUGCACAGCUUUGCUUCUAUUGUCAUCUCUGAAACAUUGUUUGGGCAUAGCAAUUCCAAAGUGAUUAAUGAAUUGCAAUCAAGGCUCAAGCGUCUCGAAAGGGCCAUGAAAACUCCAAUCCUUGUCAGCGGCGUUCCUGGCUUGUGGUACAUUCCAACGAAGAGCAAUUUAGAGAAAUGGAGAUUGAAGAAAGAGAUACAUUCACGGAUUAUGAGUAUUGUAAACGAGCAUUCAUCUAAGGUGGACAUGCUACAAACGAUCGUCAAUGGAGCUAAGAUGAGUGCUCCUAGACCAGCUGCAGUAGAACAACUCAUAGUCGACAACUGUAAGAAUGUUUACCUUGCAGGGCUUGAAACCACAGCAAACACUGCAGCCUGGACCUUGAUGUUGCUUGCAACACAUCCGGAAUGGCAAGAUCGUGCCCGUGCAGAGGUUGCUGAAGUUUGUGGUGAAAGCUUGCCAAAUGCCAAUAUGCUUGGCAAAAUGAAAGUGUUGACAUCAGUGAUUCAAGAAGCAUUAAGACUCUAUCCUCCAGUACCCUUUAUAGCAAGAGAAACCCUAGAAGAUAUGAAGUUUGGAGACCUUGAAAUUCCAAAAGGUGUUGGCAUUUGGGUUGCUGUGAUGCCACUUCACCAUGACCCUGAACUUUGGGAUCCUGACCCAAGCAAAUUUAACCCAGAUAGGUUUGCUAAUGGCGUAGGAAGUGCUUGCAAAAUCCCUCAAGCAUAUAUUCCUUUUGGUAAUGGUCCCCAUAUCUGUGUUGGACAAUUAUUUGCAAUGCUGGAGAUAAGGCCCUGUUUGAUUGGGGGAUAUAAAGAUUGGGAUUGGAUAUUAUAUCCGGUGGGGUCUAUAUAUCCCAUGUUUGCAAUUUUUUUUUGAAGGGGAUAUAAUAUCCGGUGGGAUUGUAUAUCCCCCAAAAGUGGAGGAUAUACAAUACCACACCCCCCCCAUUAUAUCAUAUCCCCUUGGUGGGGAUAUGAUGUAAAAAGUCCAAUUUACCCUUUUUUCUAUCUAAC